AUCAUCUGCCGUCAGUUAAAUCUCAUUUUAGUCCUUCCAUAAAACCCAAAACCCCAAAGUAACGGCGAUGUUGGUUGGCGCCAAUCUUCUUCGCCGCCUCUUACGUUCACAACUAUCCGCCGAUGACGGUGGAACUGGCUUUAUCAUCACCGCCAUCCACCAUCUCCGACCACAAUACAGUACAACCACCGAAUUCUCAGAUGAGGGAAAUAGUGAAAAUAAGAAGGAAAGCAAAUGGUUCACGCUACCCCCAUUUGCUAAAACCGUCAGUGCCUCGGAACUGGGAGCCAAAUUAGCCAGAAAAAACCAUUUGAAAUCCGCCACAUCCGCCGAAACUUCCACCUAUAAAACGACGGCGCUGAAGUGGGUUCUGAAAUGCUGCCCGGAGCUGCCUAGAAAUCUAGUACAAAAGCUAUUUCGUUUAAGACAGGUUCGAAGAGAAUCCAUAGCCAUGGAGGUUACUGAUGAUGGUUGUCAAGUACAAAAGAUUCAACUUAAAAGGGUUGGAGCUAAAGAUUCAUUGAACAUUGGAGAUAAAAUCUUUCUUCCUAUUAGUGUUCGUGAGGUUCCGGAGGAGAAACACGAACAUGAUUGCACCGAUGAAGAAUCUAACUUUAUCCGAAGCUUGGAGUUAUAUAAGGAUACAGCCAUUAUUGUUCUCAAUAAGCCUCCGGGAAUGCCAGUUCAGGGUGGCAUUGGCAUCAAAUGGAGUUUAGAUGAAUUAGCUGCUGCAUGGUUACGUUAUGAUUACUCAGAAUCACCACGGCUGGUGCACAGGCUUGACCGAGAUUGCAGUGGCAUAUUGGUGAUGGGGAGAACUCAAAUGAGUGCCGCAAUUCUUCAUUCCGUAUUCCGUGAGGAAACGCUCGGUGCAUCGAAACAUGAUUCUGACAACGAGAAAAGAGUCUUGCAGAAGAGGUAUUGGGCACUUGUUAUCGGAUCUCCAAGGCGCCCCAAGGGAACAAUUUCAGCUCCACUUCGAAAGGUGGUGGUGGAUGACGGGAAAUCCGAUCGAAUCACUGUCUUUGAACACAAUAAGACGAUUUUGUCAUCUCAGCGUGCAAUUACAGAGUAUCGUGUCAUUAAAACAUCAACACAUGGGUUCACAUGGUUAGAACUGUCUCCUCUCACUGGUAGAAAGCACCAACUUCGAGUACACUGUGCUGAGGUACUGGGAACACCGAUUGUUGGAGACUACAAAUAUGGGUGGCAAGCUCAUAGAAGGUUGCAAAAUCUGGCUGAGUCAGACCUUAGAAAGAACUCAAACGAGAAGGUAGCAAAGGAAAACAUGCUCCCUUUCGGACUCAACAUGGAUAGUGGAAGCAUUUCGGAAAAACAACUUCGUCUUCAUCUUCAUUGUCGGGAAAUGAUCUUACUGAAUGUUUCUCAGGUAUUGCAAAAUCCGAAAUCGUUUACGGAUGAUGAUCUUUCAAAGCUCAAAAGCCUGGAAAUAGUUGCUCCAUUGCCUUCAUACAUGCAAAAGAGUUGGGAUAUCUUGAAUUCUUGAGAACUAAAAAACUAGGAUCUUGUAAGCUUACAAUUUUGCCAUCAUUUUCCUAUGCCUUGCUUUGGAAGAUAAUAUUAUAUAUAUAUAUAUAGUUCUAAUAA